AUGCAUCCCGCAGCGCCGCUCUUAAUUCUGCUCGUGACGGGCAUCGCCAAAGGUUGGGAAUGCAACGCGAGGUGCAACACAGAAAAUGGGUUUUGUGAGAAGCCAGGGAAGUGCAGGUGCAAACCAGGGUGGCAAGGAGACAACUGUGACCGGUGCGUGCCAUUCCCCGGCUGUCUGCACGGCACAUGUGGGAAGGCAUGGCAGUGCGUCUGUGAGGAGGGCUGGGUGGGCAGCCUGUGUGACCAAGAUACUCGCCUGUGCUCAUCCAGGCCUUGUGCUGGUAAUGCCACCUGCAUAGAGACAGGAGAGGGGGGUUACCUGUGCAUCUGUCCCCGAGGCUACGUGGGUGAAAACUGCCAGCUGAGGCGAGGACUUUGUCUCUCAAACAGCUCUCCUUGUCAGAACGGAGGUACAUGUAUGGAUGCCGAUGGCUCAGCAGCUUACUCUUCCUGCUUAUGUCCCCCUGGAUUUUCUGGAGACUUCUGUGAGAUCAGCAUUGACAGCUGCCAGCCUAACCCCUGCCUCAACGGUGGCAACUGUACAAACCACGGCCUGGCCUUCACCUGCGUCUGUCCGCACGGCUUCACUGGUUUCACUUGUAAUGACACCAGCAGCCUCUCGCCCUGCGCCGGCAGCCCCUGCGCCAACAGGGGCACAUGUAUUGGUCAACCUGAUGGAACCUUCCGGUGCUCAUGUCAGAAAUGGUUUACAGGUCCCACAUGUUCCCUGCAACACAAGCCAAAGGCCAGGUCCAAGCCGGUCGGUGCCAGGCCUGUAGACCACAGAGUGUUUGCGUUGACUCCGCAGCACUACUCCCUCCCUGCCCACACCUUCCACAAGCUCCUCAGACCGCCUGAGAGAGACCUCCUCAAGAUCACCCUGAAGGAGACGGUCCACUCCCCCGGUGUCCUCGUCACCCACGGUCAGCUCGUCUGCUUCGGCAUGCUGGCCCUGCUCACCUGCCUGGUCAUCCUGGGCACGAUGGGCAUUGUGUUUUUUGGCCGCUGUGAGACGUGGCUGGCUAAUGCCAAGUACAGCCAGCUUGUUCGGCAGCAAAGGGAACACCUGCUGAGAGAGGGCGGCGGCGUGAGCCAGGAAGAGUCGGAGCAUUCAGUAAACAUCAUCCUGCCGGAGAAGAUUAGACUCACCAGCUUUGGGAGACACUACACCUCCAUCUGA